CUGGCUGCGGUACGACAGUUGAUUUCGGUGUUUUGGAAGUGAAACAACAAUUACUCGCACUAAGAAAGAAGUAUCAGGUGCACAACGUGGGAGGAUCAAGUGCUGCUGGUGCCUCAAUCAUUCGUUAAGAAGAUUUGUUUCUGCUCUUGGAUUGUGGACUUUUGAGCGGAUUACGCAAAGUGAUUUAAGUUUGUUGUGAAUAGUUUCCGGAGUUUGAAAGCUGUAAAAAUGAUGAAAUUUUUGGGUCUCUCUCUUUGUCUGGCACUGACCAUCGUAGAUCAGACGCUAGCACAGAACAACCAGUACCUACCUCCUGACAAGGGCUAUGCUUACGAUAAACCAAACCAGCCUUUCCCGUCCGCCCCUAAGCCACAGCAGGUUCCACGUCCACCAGCGCCUACACCUGGCCGACCAGCACCUUCCUACGGCCCACCAGCCGCGGAUGAUCAUCACCACGAGCCCGGAAUGCCGUUCGAUUUCAACUACAACGUAAACGACCUCGAUACCGGCAAUGAUUACUCGCACAACGCCGUGAGUGACGGCGACGUGACCCGUGGUGAGUACCGCGUUCAGCUGCCCGACGGACGGACUCAGGUCGUGCGUUACACUGCCGACUGGAAGAACGGAUACAACGCAGAGGUGUCGUACGAAGGAGAAGCUAAAUACCCGGAAGGUCCAGGACAGGGCGGCGCUAAUGCUGGCGGAUACAAGUACUAAGAAGACCAACCAGUCUCAAUUCCAGAGGCGCUCGAGCAAACCCUGUGCGUUGAUGUUCACCCGACGUCAUAUCAUCUUUCCAGCAAGUAUCGCAUACGCGUUGAAUGCAACAACCUUCAUCAUAAACUCACGAAAACACAAACACAACCUGAAUCGGAAUAAUGUUUAACGAAGUAUCAUAAUGUGUCUCCAUUUAAAGAUUAUGAGUAACAAGACCGUUAACUGAUAAGUACACCGUGUUUAGCAGAAAUGAAACAGACAGUCAUAUAGUCUGUUUGCGUUGAUGAACCUUUAACCCGUUAAUCGUUUACAUGCCAGUAAAACUAAAAUUAUGGAGCGACCUUUGUUAUGAAACUUUACUAAUAACCCGCAAAGAACGCACAACACAGGAAAGUGAGAGGGACAAACAUUCGCAGACAUCGUGUAACGGGCUGUACUAUCUCUAACACAGUGAUGCAAUCUACGAAAAGCAUCACCCAUUCACCCUCUCGAAAAGUCGCACAUUCACUCGUAGCGUAAAUUAUCGCGUUAAUUUAUAAAAAUCUAACUUGUACAUGUUUCCCAGAAUAGUCAUAAAUCUAGUGGAUCGAAACAUCCAGUGUUCAAUUUUGCUAUUCUUCAGCGCAGGUGAUAUUAGAAGGAACUCGAAGGAACAUUUGUUCGUUAACAUCUCUCCCCUUGCGGUAGCGAUUAGUCGACAUUUGAAUAGAGUAACCAACGGAGAGUGUCUUAUAAUAGUAGAUUGUACCCAUAACCAAAAGAUCGAACCUGAUUAUCCGCAAUCCAUUCGAGCAUGUCGCUGUGAGCAAAAAAAAACCACUAACUCAAUCGACCAAAAUGCUGCAGCGAAAACUGCGCAGAGUAUGUCGCGUUAAGUUUAAAUAGUUUUACGAUUAUUACCAUACCGGUAUAUAUUUGCACGCACACUCCGUUCGAAGCCGCGAGUGAUUUUCGAAAUCAUAAAAAGAAACUACCAGCCAAGCUAUUCUAUAGAGUAACAUUAUUUCACCUUAUUACCCUAAACCGUGGUUUUCCUCCUUGUCCGCCGAGCCAAGCACAUUAAAGAUGAUAGUUAAGAUGUCUCGGUAGAGGUUGAUAGAGAGGAAACCAUCCGCUUUCCGGAGCUAGAAUAUUAUGUAUGCAAUAUGUUCGCUACCAUGUUGUGAAAAAAUAGACGAAGAGUGAAAUAAAGCGUUAUGAAUGAA